AUGGCAAAUAAUAAUUCUGAUCGACAAGGUUUGGAACCCAGAGUCAUUAGAACUCUGGGUUCACAAGCGCUUAGCGGUCCUAGCAUAUCUAAUAGAACUUCAAGUUCGGAGGCAAACCCUCAUUUUUCCAAGAACGUGAAGGAAGCAAUGAUCAAGACAGCUUCUCCGACUCCUUUAUCUACACCUAUUUACAGGAUAGCUCAAGCUUGUGACAGGUGUCGAUCUAAGAAAACAAGGUGCGAUGGAAAAAGACCACAGUGUUCGCAGUGUGCUGCUGUCGGAUUUGAAUGCAGAAUAAGCGAUAAAUUACUGAGGAAAGCGUAUCCAAAAGGGUACACAGAAAGCCUGGAAGAAAGAGUACGCGAACUGGAGGCAGAGAAUAAGCGUUUGCUAGCUUUGUGUGAUAUCAAAGAACAGCAAAUAAGCCUUGUUUCACAGUCGCGACCACAGACAUCAACGGAUAAUACCAUAAAUGGCAAUUUCAAACAUGAUUUGAAAGAUGCUCCAUUGAAUCUGUCUUCUACAAAUAUCUAUUUAUUAAAUCAAACGGUUAAUAAGCAGCUACAAAAUGGCAAAAUGGAUGGUGAUAAUAGCGGUUCUGCAAUGAGUCCAUUGGGGGCACCACCUCCACCGCCACACAAAGACCAUCUUUGUGACGGCGUUUCCUGUACAAAUCAUUUACACGUCAAGCCUACUUCUACGAGUUUAAACGAUCCAACCGCUAUAUCUUUUGAACAGGACGAGGCACCUGGUCUUCCUGCGGUAAAGGCAUUAAAAUCAAUGACGACUCAUCAACGUAGCACUCAAUUGGCAACUUUAGUUUCUUUAUCCAUCCCAAGAUCUACUGAAGAAAUUCUGUUUAUUCCUCAGCUUUUAACUAGGAUAAGACAAAUAUUUGGUUUCAACUCAAAGCAAUGUUUGUAUACGGUUUCAUUAUUAUCUUCAUUGAAAAAUAGAUUGCCAGCACCACGGCUUCUAGCACCUUCAACAUCAACCAAGUUAAAGGAGAAAGAUGAAGAUAAAAAACUUGAUGAUGAUUCGGCUUUUGUGAAAAGGUUUCAAAGCACAAACCUCUCCGAGUUUGUCGAUUUGAAAAAGUUUUUAAUUUCUUUGAAAUUUAACAUUAACUCGUUUUCAAAGCAAUCAGAAAAGCCGGCUAAUGAUCAGGAUGAUGAACUACUUUCCCUCACUGAAAUUAAAGAGCUUUUACACCUUUUUUUCAAAUUUUGGUCUAAUCAGGUACCAAUUCUAAACAAUGACCACUUCUUAAUAUAUUUCAACAAUUUUGUUGAAGUCGUGAAGCAUUUAUCUACAGAAAAUUUGGAGACGAAUAACACUACUAAAAGUACAGUCACCACUAAUCAUGAAAUAUUUGCCCUAAAGCUUCUGAUGAUGUUACAAAUGGGGUUACUCGUUAAGAUUAAAAUGGAAAAAAUAAAAUACACUGUACCGAAGAAUCCGAAGGCCAAAUAUGCUAGAUUGAUGGCAUAUUAUCAUCAGCUUUCCCUAAUAAUUCCUAAAAAUCCUUAUUUUUUAAAUAUGUCCACAACUUCAUUACCAUCCUUACAAUUGUUAUCUUUGGCAUCCUUUUAUUAUUUAAACGUGGGUGAUAUUUCGGCAAUCUAUGGGGUAAGAGGCCGUAUUGUUUCUAUGGCACAACAAUUGAGACUUCACAGAUGUCCUAGUGCCGUAUUAAGUGUACACUCUAACCCAGUUCUACAAAAAUUUGAGCAAAGCGAGAGGAGAUUACUGUUUUGGGCAAUUUAUUACGUUGACGUUUUUGCCUCAUUGCAACUUGGUGUUCCUCGUUUACUUAAGGAUUUUGAUAUUGAAUGUGCAUUACCAAUUUCUGAUGUUGAGUAUAAGGAUCAGUUAUCUAUGGAAAAUGAAAAAGCAGAUAAAAAAGCUAAAAAGAUUCAACUGCAAGGUCAAGUUUCAAGCUUUUCAUUGCAGAUAAUCAGAUUUGCGAAAAUAUUAGGUAACAUUCUAGACUCGAUUUUUAAGAGAGGAAUGAUGGAUGAACGUAUAACUUCUGAAGUUGCAUUAGUACAUGAAAACGCACUGGAUAACUGGAGAAAUCAACUUCCCGAAAUGUACUACUUUCAAAUAACUGUAAACGGAACUGUGAAUUUAGACGAGAUUAGAGCAACCAAUCAAAGAAAUACUGAGACCAAAUUUGAUAAGAAAGACAUAAUAUUAUUUGAAAAGAAGAUUCUAUUGCUGUUUUAUUUCUUGGCCAAAUCUAUGAUACAUUUACCGGUUAUUGCAACCAAACCUUUGCCUAAGAAUGUUGAUAAUGCCACAAAGAAGAAACAGUCAAUGUUCAACAACGACUCUAAAGGCGCAACCAACCAGGACCACAUGAUAUUAGAUGUUGAUAUGACUUCUCCUGCUAUAAGGACAUCAUCCUCAUAUAUCAUUUUACAACAAGCUACCAAUGCAACGCUUACGAUUUUCCAGGCCAUUAAUUCCAUGUAUUUACCUUUGCCAUUGAAUGUAUCAAGAACGUUAAUCAGAUUUUCUUUGCUCUGUGCUAGAGGUUCUUUGGAAUAUACCAAAGGUGGUGCGUUAUUCUUAGAUAAUAAAAAUCUUCUCCUCGACACCAUCAAAGAUAUCGAAAACGAUAGGCUUUUGGAUUUACCUGGAAUUGCCUCUUGGCACACGCUGAAACUGUUUGACAUGAGCAUCAACCUGUUGUUGAAAGCACCUAAUGUUAAGGUUGAAAGACUGGAUAAAUUCUUGGAAAAGAAAUUGAAUUACUACAAUAGAUUGAUGGGGUUACCACCGGCCACAACCACAUCCUUAAAACCAUUAUUUGGCUCUCAAUCGAAGAACAGCCUGGAAAAUAGACAAAGAACACCUAAUGUCAAAAGAGAAAACCCAGAACACGAGUAUCUUUAUGGAAACGAUAGUAAUAAUAACAAUAAUUCUGAAGCGGGUCACUCUCCAAUGACAAAUACAACUAAUGGUAAUAAGAGAUUAAAGUAUGAAAAAGAUGCAAAACGAAAUGCAAAAGAUGGCGGUAUAUCCAAGGGGGAGAACGCACAUAAUUUCCAGAAUGAUACCAAAAAAAACAUGUCCACCAGCAAUCUGUUUCCAUUUUCGUUUAGUAAUACAGACCUUACUGCGCUGUUCACCCAUCCUGAAGGACCGAAUUGUACGAAUACUAAUAAUGGCAACGUGGAUGUGUGUAACAGAGCUUCUACAGAUGCCACGGAUGCCAAUAUAGAGAACUUAAGCUUUUUAAAUAUGGCACCAUUCUUACAGACCGGUAACUCCAAUAUAGGUCAAAACACGAUUGAGAAUAAGCCUAUGCACAUGGAUGCGAUAUUCAGUCUACCAAGUAAUUUAGAUCUAAUGAAGGAUAAUAUGGACUCUAAACCGGAACAAUUAGAACCCGUUAUUAAGCAAAACCCUGAGAAUUCAAAAAACAACCAAUUUCAUCAGAAAGGAAAAAGUACGAAUAUGGAAAAGAAUAAUCUCUCUUUCAACAACAAGAGUAACUACAGCCUAACAAAGCUAAUGAGAUUGCUGAACAACGAUAAUUCUUUCUCGAAUAUUAGUAUUAACAACUUUUUAUACCAAAAUGAUCAGAACUCCGCGUCAGCGGAUCCGGGAACAAAUAAAAAAGCCGUUACAAAUGCAGGUGCCAACUUCAAACCACCUUCAACUGGCAGUAAUACCAGCCAAGGCAGUAUCCUUGGAAGUACAAAGCAUGGAAUGGACAACUGUGAUUUCAACGAUUUAGGUAAUUUUAACAAUUUCAUGACAAAUGUCAAUUAUUCUGGGGUCGACUAUGAUUACAUUGUAGAUGCAUCACUUGGGUUGGCUCCUUUAUUAGUGGAUACGCCCGAUAUCUCAAAUACCAACACGACGUCUACUACGUCAAAUCGAAGUAAAAACAGCAUCAUCCUAGAUACGACAUUUAACGAUGACUUGGAUCGGUCACGCAUGAAUGCCAGAGAAGUAUUGAAUCCUACCGACUCAAUUUUAAGUCAAGGGAUGGUAUCCUCCGUAAGUACGAGAAAUACCAGCAAUCAAAGAUCUCUUUCAUCGGGCAAUGAUUCAAAAGGUGACAGUAGUUCUCAAGAGAACUCAAAGAGUGCAACUGGCAACCAGUUGGAUACACCUUCUACACUGUUUCAAAUGAGAAGGACCUCUUCAGGGCCCUCGGCGUCCCACCGUGGUCCAAGACGGCCUCAGAAAAAUCGUUACAAUACAGAUCGAUCAAAAAGUUCUGGUGGCGGAAGUUCCAACACAGAUAAUGUAUCUGAUUUAUUCCAAUGGCAAAACGCCAAAUAA